AGUAUUAUUUUUGUGGAAGUGUUUUGAUGUUGGAAAAGAACCUAACACGUUAGUUAGAAUAACAGAAACGAACCUAAAAUCAUUCCACAAUCAAAUAAAAGUUAUUUAUUAUUUGUUGUUAAUUGUUACAAAUCCAUCUGAGUUUAAUAUUACGAUAAAAUUGGGAAAAUGAUGUACGUUUCUGUGUGCCUUAUCGCUAUAUUGGUCAGUUCCAGUUUAGUUUUUGCAGUUAUCAUCAGAUAUGUUAAAAUGAGUUUCAAUAUACCGAUAGAUAUAAAUGCGCCGCUUCUGAUUUAUGGAAUAUUGGUUGGAUUGUGCUGUCGACUAGCAAAAACGAAUUUCAAUUUUGAAUUCCCUGUACUGCAGCCGUUCAAAGUAUACUUUAUAGUCGUUCCUAUAAUACUUUACAAGAUGUGUUUUUAUGCAGAUUUGCACGGACUGCAGAGAAAUAUUUUUCAGAUAUUGCUCAUUUCAGGACCAGGUUUAAUUGCCAAUGUUAUUUUUGUUGGAAUCACCAUACGGUACUUAUUGGCGAAGGCAUGGGAUAUUGUUGCUUGUGCUAUUAUCGGAAUUGCUUGUGUUGUAAUCUACCCCAAGGAAAAUAUAUCAACAAUGCAAUUAUUUGGACAUCAAUCCCAGCAUAUUUCGAGUUUACUUGAAGGAGAAACUAUUUUUGGCAUGUUGGUAGCAUUUAGUUUGUAUAAUAUACUGCUAAGUGAAUUUAAAUAUUUGUUGAUGACUCCGGAUUUUAUUAUUUUUAUUCUGCGAUAUUCCUUGGGCGGAAUCCUAGUAGGUUUCAUCGUUGGUAAGAUUAACUGCUUCUUAUUUCGGUUAAUGUUAAUGUCAUCAAAUGUUUCCAACUGGGUACUCUUCAAUAUUGCAAUGCCCUUGGUAUCGUAUUACCUUUGUUCUUUCAUCCUUGGUACGUCUGGUUUGAUAGCAAUAGUUAUUUAUGGCUUGAUAUUAGAUAGCAAAAGAGCAGUCUUAAAUAAGAGUUUGAAGAUCCUUUUGGAAGAAUAUUGGGAGCUGAUCGGUUUAACAGUGGAGUCCAUUAUUUCAACUUUAGUUGGAGCAACUAUUGGCUAUGAAACUGUAUGGGUUUCUAAUUAUUUGGAUUAUGUCAGAAUAGUUCUGAUCUAUUGUGCAACUUAUUGUGGAAGAUUUGUAAUUUAUGCAAUUUUGGCACCCUUGACGAGUAGAUUAGGAUAUGGAAUGAGUCUUCGUAGUCUAGUUGUUGCAGUUUGGGGCGGUGCACCAAGCCUGGCAAAUAUUUGUUUCAUUUUUCUAACCUGGACCAACGAUGAAUCGACUGAAAUGGUAGUUCCAAAAAUUUUGUUUUACGUAUCUGGGAUGGUCAUAAUAUCCCUCUUGCUGAACGUUUACACUCUAAUACCUCUUAUUAAGUUCCUAAAAAUGGACGCUACAUGCCCAACCCGAGAAAGAGAACUUGGACUAUGCAUGGAAUAUUUGAAGAACAUCGGAAGGAGACUUGUAACCUUUUUGAAGGUAGAUGAUUUGAUGGGCGAAACUGCAUGGAAAACUGUUGAGACAGCUACUACCUUGAGGAAUCCAUUCGAAGACGAUUCAAAUAAUAGCGGAGGAGUUGGCUUGGAUGGUAAUAUCACUUUCUGUUCUAAUUGCAAUCAGGAAAUCUACGUACAUCCAAGUCAUGUGGAUUACAUCAAAAUGAAGAGGAGAGCUAAUUUGAGAUUUUUGAAAACUAGAGAGACUAUGCUGGAAGAUGCUUACUCUAAAGGAUUGAUAUCGGAGAAUUCCUUCAAAACUUUGAAUUCGAUUAUCAAAAAAGCCUAUGAACAUCCCAAAUAUGAAAUGAACAUUGAUCGUAUAUUGCAGUUAUUCAAAAAGAAGGUAGACGGUUCAAGAAACAAACCCAGAUGUCCGAAAGCCUCUUGCUUUGAUAUUGGUACCCGUGACUUUCCAUCAAAGCCUCCAAAUUUUUAUUGGAGAAGAUUAUGCUAUCACCUUGUCAGGAAUCAUAACUUUUACUUAUCCAUGUUAGGGAUUUUAUUGGCGAAUAUGGCGUGGAUUCUAGUCCAACUGUGCGUUGAUUUAGAGACAUCUGGUGGAGCAAACUAUGCACUCAUAGCAUUCGACGCUAUGUUUCUAACCAUUUAUACUUCCGAGUGUCUUGUCAGUAUUGCAGCCCGUACAGGGAAAUCAUUUUGUAAGGACGGUUUGAAGAAUUAUUUCAGAUCGAAAUACUGCACGUUUGAUUUCUGUUUGCUCCUUACUUUAUGGAUCAGUUUCAUCGCAGAAAAUUUGUUCUACUCGGGUAUUGUACGUGAUGAAUUUUUCUAUGAGAACAGAGUUUUAUUCAUGAUCUUCAAGAGCACGAUACUUUUGAGGUUAUUUGAAUAUUGCAUUUAUGCAAAAGUGGGUAUCGAAAAAAUUGUGGAGAGUUGGCGAAAUCGACGUUUGCUGGACGCAUUCGAAAUUGGCAAGGAUUUCUGUGUUCAAGAGAGACGAUUUCUUAACGAGAUGUUGCCAUAUUUAUGUGAUGAUUUUAGAAUGGCGAAAGACUUUCAUAAUGAAAUAGAAAGGAAUAUAUACGAUAUUUUGCAUGAGUUGAGAAAAAUACAGUAUGAGAAGUUCUGGAUAGCUGUAACCGUGAAAACAAAACACGCGGUGAAGCUCACUGUGGACGCUAUGGUUGAAGCUGUUGACAAUUUGACGGUUUCUGGAUGGAUAGAUAACAUGGAGCAGGCAGCACUCAAUGUAAAACUAGCAACGCUUACGAAUGAAUACAAACGCUUCAAAAAGAUCAAGGAUAAUGACCCAGAAAGUAUUUUCAGAGAAGUUUCAUGGUUGAAGAACCAGCCUUGCAAAGAGACUCUCUUAAGGGAAGCCGAAAUCAAAGUGUUCAAUUCUGGAGAAGUACUGUUCGGUGAAGAUGAUGAAUCUGAGGGAAUAUAUGUUGUAACGUCUGGUAUAUGCAACGUUUUUUUUGUACCCAACGAAGAGCGAGUGCUGAGACUUCAUGCGUUCGGGGAACUACCUGUUAUAGACAACAUAACCUCGGAUAAAUUCGAACGAGCCCUUUUCGACAACUACAUUUUUACUGGUAUGACUCUGGGCCUACUUGGUUUCUUAACCGGAAGGAGCUUUUCUACAACGGUCACGGUAGAUUUUCCAGUGAGGGCGUACUUCAUUCAGUCUGCUACGCUGAGAAGGGCGAUUGAAGAAGAAGAAAAACCAGAUGACGGGUUAGAAAGCAGAAUGUGGAAACAUGUAUCCCAAGAGCUAAUAAGGAGCAUGUUGCAACAAACUGAAUUACCUGAAGAUAGAUGCCGCUACGUGAGCUCUGUAACACAGAUCGAACCUCUACUGAUAGAUGAUUCCAUCGAACACGUGAUUCUCAUUGAAGGAAUAAUACAAGAUGGGACAUCAGAGAAUGUUUUGAUAGCUCCUUGCGUGGUGCCCAGAUGUGUGAAGAAAAUCAUAUUUCCAGAAAAUGUUGUUGUUGCAAGAAUCAUUUUGAUAUCGGAGGAACCUCAGGAAGAAUGUGGUAUGAAACAUCAGGAAUUAGAAACGUUUUUGGACUUCAACACUUCUGUCCAAUAAGUUAGCCUAGAAAUUUUUAUUUUAAUCAGAAUAAAGUAUCUAAC